UUCAAGUGUUGAAGAAGGAAACCCUAACGUCAUGCAACUUUGUUGUUCAUCAAACAAUGCUAUCACCUUGAUACAAAAGGUGAUUGCAGAAAUCAUUGGGACAUAUUUUGUGGUGUUUGCUGGAUGUGGGUCUGUAGCAGUGGACAAGAUCUAUGGGUCUGUCACAUUUCCAGGGGUAUGUAUCACUUGGGGGCUUAUUGUAAUGGUCAUGUCUUACUCUGUUGGUCAUAUCUCUGGAGGACAUUUCAACCCUGCUGUUACCAUCACAUGGACCAUCUUUCGUAGGACCUCACUUAAAGAGGCUCCACUAUACAUUUUUGCUCAGUUGGUAGGAUCAACGCUUGCGAGUGGAACAUUAUCACUAAUGUUCGAUGUCACGUCCAAAACUUAUUUUGGAACCGUACCAGUUGGAUCAAAUGGCCAGUCUUUAGUUGUAGAAAUCAUCAUCAGUUUUCUCUUAAUGUUUGUCAUUUCAGCGGUUUCAACCGACGAAAGAGCGGUGAAUGAUUUCGCAGGUGUUGCAGUUGGAAUGACUAUAAUGUUGAAUGUCUUCAUUGCUGGGCCUGUAUCAGGAGGAUCUAUGAACCCAGCAAGAAGUAUUGGUCCUGCACUUAUAGUACAUGUUUACAAAGGACUAUGGAUAUAUGUGGUUGGUCCAAUUGUUGGAGCUAUAGCUGGAGCAAUUGCAUAUAACUUUCUUAGAUCCAUAAAGUCACCUUCAGAGUUAGCAGAUGAACAAUUCAGGAACAUUGUUGUAGGUUGAUUAAUUAAGAGUUAUGUAGUAUUUUCUUUAUUUUUAAGUAGGUACUGCUUUGGUUUAAUAGCUAGUGUUUGAUUUUUUAGCGUAAUGUAAUAAAUUAUGACUGCAUUUUAUGCUAUUAGUAGUGGUUA